UCCAUAUAUUUAUUUUUUAUUUUUUUACAAAAAGAAAUCACUUUAUCCUCCUUGUACUACGUCCCUACAUCUUUUAUUUGGUAGAGUGUAAUUGUAAUCUUGAAACCGGUUUCCUUCUCACCCCCUUGGAUACAGGAAUCUCUUAUCUUUCCCUUUCCUUGUUUCCCAACCAAUCGAAAGAAAAUGCGAGCGAAGGAAGCAGUUUUUCAAAUAUUUUCGUACGAACUCAUCCACUGCACGCAAUAACACACGUGCACAUCCUCAGGUUCACACAGCUCAAUUCUGAUCCCAGAUAUGGCUGAAAGGCUCGUGCUUUUAUGGGUUUUCUCUGUUCUCUCAAUUCCGGCAAGGUCUGUGUUUGACGAACUCUUCUUUAAUGGGUUCAAAGGUGCAGCCAGCAACAUGAGCUUGAAUGGAGCUUCAGGAAUCCAAGACAAUGGCAUACUUCGGCUAACAAACGAAACGCAGCGAGUACUGGGCCACGCGUUUUACCCACUUCCAAUCCAAUUCAAGAACUCCACGGAUGGCAAAGCUCUGUCCUUCUCCACCGCCUUUGCUUUCGCCAUAGUCCCCGAGUAUGCUACUCUUGGUGGCCAUGGCCUUGCCUUCGCAAUAUCCCCCACGAAAGAGCUUCUGGGGACUCUUCCAAGACAGUAUCUUGGCCUACUCAACGCCAGCGAAGUUGGGAACUUCUCUAACCACAUAUUUGCGGUGGAGUUCGACACCGUCCAGGACUUGGAGUUUGAGGACAUCAACGACAAUCAUGUUGGCAUCGACAUCGACAGCCUAGUAUCAAACAAAUCAGUUCCGGCCGCUUAUUUCGAUGGUAAUAAUUCCCUGCAAGAACUUAAUUUGAAGAGUGGUCAGGUAAUUCAGGCAUGGAUAGAAUAUAAUUCCCAAAAUAACCGAUUAGAUGUAAAGCUUUCACCUUCAUCUGUGAAACCGAGAUCGACACUUCUGUCCUUUGAAGUGGACCUAUCUCCAUUUCUUCAAGAAUUCAUGUACGUUGGAUUUUCUUCUUCAACUGGUUUGCUCGCUAGCUCGCACUUUAUCAUGGGCUGGAGCUUGAAGAUGAAUGGAGAAGCCAAAACUCUCAAAUUAGAUGAUCUUCCUUCGCUCCCAAGGCCUAAAGAGAAUCACAAGAGCCUAAUCAUUGGUGUUUCAGUUUCUUUACUGAUGAUCUUCGUGAUUGUUUUGUCUUUUCGCCUCAUUAGGAAAAUCAAGAACGCUGAUGUGGUUGAAGCCUGGGAGCUUGAUGUUGGUCCACAUAGAUUUUCUUACAAGGAGCUCAAGAAAGCUACAAGAAGUUUCAGAGACAAAGAGCUACUUGGGUUUGGUGGUUUUGGUCGAGUUUACAAAGGAACUCUGCCAUCUUCGAACACCCAAGUCGCUGUUAAGCGAAUUUCGCAUGAAUCAAAGCAGGGUUUGCGAGAAUUCGUGUCGGAGAUUGCCAGUAUUGGUCGUCUUCGUCAUAGAAACUUGGUCCAGUUGUUAGGAUGGUGUCGGCGGCGAGGCGAUCUGUUACUCGUUUAUGAUUUCAUGCCUAAUGGAAGCUUGGACAAGUACCUCUUUGAUGAGCCCAAAACAAUUCUGAGCUGGGACCAGAGGUUCAAGAUCAUCAAAGACGUGGCUUCAGGGCUUUUAUAUUUACAUGAAGAGUGGGAGCAAACUGUCAUUCACAGGGACAUCAAGGCUGGCAAUGUUUUAUUGGAUUCUGAGCUAAAUGGACGACUUGGAGACUUUGGUCUUGCUAAGUUAUACGAGCACGGCUCCAAUCCAAGCACCACCAAGGUGGUGGGCACGCUGGGUUAUCUAGCCCCAGAGCUCACACGCACCGGCAAGCCAACUACCAGCUCGGAUGUGUUUGCAUUUGGUGCUUUGUUGCUUGAAGUGGUAUGUGGUAGAAGACCCAUCGAGCCUAAAGCGUUGCCUGAGGAGCUGAUAUUGGUGGAUUGGGUAUGGGACAACUGGAGAGUAGGAGCAAUUCUUGAGGUUGUAGACCCAAGGAUUGGGGGAGAGUUCGAUGAGCUUGAGGCUGUUGUGGUUCUUAAACUAGGCUUAAUGUGUUCCAACAAUUCGCCAAAAGCACGCCCCACCAUGAGGCAGGUGGCGAGGUACUUGGAAGGGGAGGUGGCCCUGCCCGAGUCUGUGGAAGCACUAGAUGCAUAUGAUGAAAAAAAAGGUGGUGGUGAGCUUGAGGAUUAUGCAACAUCGUCGAUCUUUGAGAAAGUGAGCACACGGUCAUCGGUCAACGAUGAUAUGGAUGCUGAUAUUGAAGCUGGUAGUUCGGCCUCACCUCUCACUUCCCAGCAGAGGUAAGGUCAGGUAACCAUGAGAAGG